GUUACUGGCUACAUGGCAGUUUCUGACAGUAAAUCAAAACUUAAGCUGAAUGCUCUAAAAAAAGUACCUAGCUCACAUGGCAAGAGGUAAGAGAAUGACUUACCAGGCUCUCUCCCAUGCCGAUUACAGCACAAAGAGAGGAAGCUGACUGCUUCACAAAUGCAAGCCUUCCAAGCUGCCUACAACUUCUUUAACAAGGAUAAAACUGGCUGCAUUGAUUUACAUGGAAUGAUGUGCACAUUAGCUAAGUUAGGAAUGAAUCUAACAAAGCAUGAUGUCUACGAUGAAUUAAGAUAUGCUGAUAUUGACCGAGAUGGAAAAGUGAAUUUCUCAGACUUUAUAAAGGUGCUAACAGAUAAGGACUGCUUCCUUAAAGCUGUGGCUCCAGCAAAGGGGGCCUGUUUAGAUUUACCUGGCAACCCUGGGAUCCUGUUGUUUGAAAUCCUAUCAAAGCUUGUAGAGACAUCAGCCUUACCCAGAAAGGCUAUAAUGGAAUUAGUAAGCUAUUUCCGAAGAAAAUUCCAGGAAACUACGAGGAGUCCCUAUGCUAUGGGUUAUGGAAAAAAGAGAUUUAAGCAAGACUUAUGUAUACCUCUAAGCUCAAGCACAGCUACCUUUGCUAAUGCUGCCCAGACUGCAAUAAUGAAGGAAAAAGAUUUAUUCAAAUUUCUUGAAGAGCUCAAGAGAUACAAUCCUCCUUCACAUAGCCCAUAUUCAAAAAUACCCAUCUUUCCAUUGUUUCCUAAUGUGGAUGGGUUAGUGUUGGGAAAGCCAUUCCAAGAUAUACAAAAAUUAGAAAUGCUAAGAAGAAAGGAGUCUCUGAAUUUCUUUGAGAACUAUUUUUUCCAUAAAAGAGACUGGAAAACACAGACAGCAAAUGUAAAGCCCAUUGGCCCUGCCUCAGGCUAUCCAACUGCCAUCCUUGCCAUUGAUCAAAUACUCAAGAAAAAGCAGAACUGGACAGUGACCAGUGUAGCUGCUAUUAAGCAGCACGUGAAGAGAGCUACAGAUGCCUAUAAUUUAGGAAUUGCCCUUGAACACAGGAAAGAAAUGCUAAACCUCUGGCAGAAGAUCCGAGGGGAUUUGAUUGGAAUAGACACUAAAAAUGAGUCCUUCUAUGACACCUUUUCUACUUACACAUGGUCCUGGAACAUUUGCCAAGAAUUACUUUCCACAAAGGACUUAAGGUUAUAUGAUGCCUACAUGAACAGAAAUUCCUUUCACAGUUCUGUAUUCUCUUCCUUCUCAGGUAUCAGUGAAUGUGACAGAGAGACAGGAAGAAAAAGAAAAUGGAAAGGUCUCAAAGGGUUUUGACGAUGAAAUUUCUACAUCUUCUAAACAGCUCACUGUGAACUACUUUUCAUAGCUACCAAAAUUAUAGUUUCUUGCUUUUGUCUUAAAUGUGGCUUAAUUAUUGGUGGCUUAAAUGUGACACCUUUUGAUUUCUGACCAGUAAAAAACUUUAAGUCAUAAUGUGGGUUCCCUUUCCUAAUUCUUACUAUUAGUAAAUAGAUGCCAUGCUGUUAUUCCCUAGCAAACAGCUGAACUCUGCUGCCCCCAUCUGGCUCAAAACUGCCUGGGCAGGAGAAAAGCUAAAGCUGGCACUUGUGAACUCCUGAGGGCUCUCCCAGCAAUAGGCACCCGAGUUCAUGUUAACGUAAGUGACAUUAGUUUUUUUUUAUUAUUUGUGAAACAGGCCAGGAGCAGUGGAAGACAAUGACUUUUCAGUUUCAGGGAAUAAUAUCAUUAUCCCCCAGGGAAUCUUGAUUAAAUUCAGGUGCUCCUUAGGCUCCUUAGCCACACAUCUUCAGACCAAUCAGAACUGAUCUCAUCCAUUAUAUUUGCUGUGGUUAUUGUUCUUUAAUGCAUUUAAGAAAUACAUGUGAAACUAUAUUACAAGUUGGGCGGACUGUAAUUUUUUUUUAUAGAAAAAUAUACAUAAAAUCUAGUAUUUUAAUCAUGUUUAAGUGUAUCUCAUCCAUUACAUUUUUCCCCCUUUUAAGAAAAGGAAAACAUGUGUCCCAUUUUAAUGGGGAGAUUCUAUAAUUUAAAAUUAUAACAUACCAUGAAAAAUUAAUUAAUAUAAUGAAGGUUCCCAAAAUUGUUUAAUGAAAUAGACUUGAAGCAAUUUUGUUACCUUUAAUAUUCAAAACUGUAAAU